CUAACCUCUGACCCUCAGCUGACGCCAUUUUGCGGAUAUUGACGUCAGGUAAAUAAUGCAGUAUUUUCUCCUGUGCGUCGGAAAGUUUUACCUCUGAAGGCUCUUAAAGUCAACUGUUUGCCAACAUUUAGAGUAGGAAGGAAGUCUCUACAAAACACCCUCCAACAUGGCAGCAGCUGCAGCUACAACAUCAACUGCAGAAGACAUCCCCGCCCCCGACUCAACCACCACGGUCAACAUCAAGAACAUCCUGCCCAGCGAGAGCUACGCUAAGUCACUCCUGGUACAGAUGAACGCCCUGCGUAAGAAGGAAACCCUGUGUGACAUCAUGUUAGUGGUGAAGGGACAGGAGUUCCCGGCACAUCGGAUCGUGCUCGCAGCCGCAAGCGAUUAUUUCUGUGCCAUGUUUACAAAUGAGAUGUCAGAAAAAAGCCAGUCAUCAGUGGAGCUGCAGGGCCUGUCUCCACGUGUGAUGGAGAUCCUGCUGGACUUCGUGUACACAGAGACCGUGAAUGUGACUGUGGAGAAUGUACAGGAUCUCCUGCCUGCUGCCUGUCUCUUACAACUGAAAGGUGUGAAGGAAGCUUGCUGUGACUUUCUGGAGAGCCAGUUAGAUCCCUCCAACUCCCUGGGCAUCAUGAGCUUUGCCGACGCGCACACCUGUCAGUCCCUGCGCCGGGCGGCAGAGGUGCACACCCACCGGCACUUCUCAGACGUGGUGCAGCAUGAAGAGUUCCUCCUGCUGGAGAAGGAUGAUGUGGAAAAACUACUCAAGUGUGAUGAGAUUCAGGUGCCAUCAGAAGAGCCAGUGUUUGAGGCCCUGAUGCAGUGGGUGAAGCACAGACUGGAGGGCAGAAAGCCGUACCUCCCGGAGCUGUUAGAGUCUGUCAGACUGCCCCUCCUCACACCCAGAUACAUCACUGAUGUGGUGGACAAGGAGAUGCUGAUCAAAAGAAGCCUGGAGUGUCGGGAUCUGGUGGACGUAGCCAAGAGGUUCCACCUGAGACCAGAGCUGCGAGCUGAGAUGCAGGGACCACAGACCAAACCCAGAACAGGUGCCAGUGAAGUGAUGUUGGUGAUUGGAGGCUUUGGCAGUCAACAGUCUCCUGUGGACACAGUGGAAAAAUACAACCCUAAAACUGAAGAGUGGGAGUUUCUUCCUGCCAUAACCAAGAAGAGACGGUACGUGGCGUCCUGCUCGCUGAACGACCGUGUGUACGUGAUUGGUGGCUACGACGGACGCUCCAGACUCAGUACAGUGGAGUGUCUGGACUACCACAUGUUCAGUCGGCAUAAGAAUGAGACAUGGAGAAACAUCUCUUCUAUGACACACAGGAGGGGGCUGGCCUCAGCAUGUGUGAUGGGGGACCACAUCUACGUGGCAGGAGGUUUUGAUGGUUCGUACCGACACAGCAGUAUGGAGAGAUACGAUCCUCAGAUAGACAGAUGGACAGUGUUAGGGGACAUGGAGAAUGGCCGUGAAGGGGCAGGUCUUAUUGCAGCCAAUGGGUCCAUCUACUGUAUAGGGGGGUACGAUGGGCUGCACAUUCUCCGGUCAGUGGAGAGAUAUGACCCCAACAGUGGGCAGUGGACAACGCUACCCUCCAUGGUCACUAAAAGAUCAGGUGCAGGUGUUGGGCUGAUAAAUGACACCAUCUAUGUGGUGGGAGGGUUUGACGGCAGCACCCACCUAAACUCUGUGGAGUGUUUCAACGUGCGGACCAACCAGUGGACACGGGCAGCCAACAUGGUGUCAGCGCGCUGCUACGUGGGAGCCACAGUACUGCAGGGGAGACUGUAUGCUAUAGCAGGAUAUGAUGGCCAGUCACUACAGAGCAGCAUCGAGGCAUAUGACACCAUCACUGACAGCUGGGAGGUGGUGUCCAACAUGGCCACACAGAGAUGUGAUGUGGGCAUAGCUGUGGUGUCAGAGGUGUAACCAGCAACAGGGGUACAUGUAGCAGCAAGACAAGUAUUUUGAAUUCAAGUAUUAUAACUGCAACUUUGGGCUGUUCCAUUAGUAAAGUUCAGCAGAGAUGGUCUGGACCUUACCCUUUAUCCUACAAGAUAUUUGACCUCAUGCUUUAUCUAUAGGUUGGACCUAUAAUUCAUUUCUGUUCAUUGAGUUUUACCAUGGAUUGCCCAGCCUAUUUUGGGUGAAAAUGAAAAGAUUGCUACUGGUAUUUUAUUUAUUUUGCCUUUAACGUACUGCCUGCCAUGGCAUAUUUAUUCUAUUUUUAAUAGUACACUGCUCAUUUUAUUGUUUUCAGUGUCAGUUUUACAGUGGUUUAACAUGACCAUCUCCUCUACUUAACUUUGUAUAUGGAAAGCUCUAUUGCAUCUCCAGAUACACAUACUUAUUUGUGUAGUAAAGAGUACACUAAAACUAAGAAUUACCUGUCAGUGGGUCAUGAUCAGUAUAAAUGUAGUAUCCAAAAUGUGCCAAGAAAGUAUUAAAUUGUAGAUGCUGCUUGCAACUGUGCUUGAAUUAUUACUUAAGUGUGUAGCUCCAAAAACUAUUUUCUAAAUCUGAAAUGUCUAUUAAGCAAUGGGAAAAUUGUUGGCUGGACAUGUCCAGUAAAAGAUUCUAUUCUGUCAGAUAAAAUUCAAAAUAAAACUGUUAAAAGCUCUGAUAUCUUACUCCUGCAACCCUCCAAAAGAUUCUGUAUGAUUCUACAUUAUCCAAAAUAUACUCAAUAUGCUAUUAGAUUAGUCAUAUCCUACCUAUGCACAUAUUGUAAUCAAAUAAUGACAUGUGAGCUAUGAGUGCAAUGGUUAUUUUUGUCAAACAUUACUUGUUUCAAGUAGCUUUACCUGGGUGGCAUGGUGGUUUCCUGAAUACAUGUGACUUAAUUAACUAAGCAUCAUAGUGAUUGGUGCAUCUUGCCUGCCCGAUGUAUAUACUAGUACAUGUACUAGUCUUGUAUUAACGCGGAGGUACAUAUACUCACAUCUAUUGCUGUUUGUAAAUGAAAUGUAAGUCAAAAUUUCCUUGAUACCUGUGUAAUUAUGUAUA